AAAUCUCGUAUGGGCGUUCUCCCAAAACGAAUUCUCUUACUACGUCUUCGUGAUAGAUCGGCGGUUCUGCUAGCUCCAAGCAGAAAUGUUGCUCGGUGUUAUUCUGCUUCCCAUCCUGUCUGUGGUGUCCGCUGCAGAUGUUGCUUGUCCACGAGAUGAAUAUCUACUCCCAUUCGGUUGCCGCUGUCGUUCCGAAGGCCGCGUGCAGUGCUCCAAUGUGCAGGACUCGAAAAAAUUCGAGAUGAUCAUGGCUGCAUGUCAAGGAUAUCAGCUUCUGGAAUUCACAUUGGUGAAUGCAAAACUCGAGUGGUUGCCGCCGACGACCUUCCAAUUCAUAGACACCCUCGAGUUCGUUCUCAGUAAUUCGGUUCUCGAAUCUUUAACGGAGCCGAUCCCAGGCAAUAGACUCUUCAAAGGAUCCGGCGUCGAACAUUUCAUCCUCUCCAAUACCGACAUACGCGAUGGCGACCUCAGCCAGAUCGGGUACCUGGAUGAUUUGAAACAACUCGUGAUUAAGAACUACCCCAAUGCCCUUUUCUUGGCGAGUCUGGUCGGUAAGAUUCAACAAACCCAGAUUCAAGAACUCAUCCUCGAGAACCUACCUCAUCUCGUGUGGCGAGGCGACGAGAUCGCACCGCUCAACCAUCUCAGAACCUUGUCUCUCUCCGGUCUGAAUCUGAAAGAAAUCAGGCGCGAGGAUCUACCAGAAAAUGUGGGGAAUCUCGAGAACCUAUGGCUAAAGGACAACAACCUUCAGUGGCUGCCGGACGAUUUCCUGACAGAUAUGAAGAGCCUGAAGAUGUUGGACUUAUCAUCGAACAAGUUCAAAACUCUCUACGAAGAGACAUUCGCCUCAUUCAGCGAAUUCAUCGUCCUCCAUGGCAACCCAUUGGAAUGCGACUCGCGUCUCGACUGGCUCCGGGAGCGCUUACGCAGCAACUCCUUGAAAAUAAUGACACCGCAGCCCAUUAAAUGCCAAGAUGGGUCGAAUCUGAUCGACCUCCUGCUCUGAAGCACUUCGACAUCGACCUAGGUUCGACUUCUAGCACCGUGCCUGCAUGAGGAUGCGAGAGGCUCCGGGGCCGGCUCCAGUUAAGGAUGGUUUCAAGCAAAUACGCAUAUUCUCAAGCCGCCGGAAUCCCAAAAGAAACAGAUUCGCUGGCGAGCUUGAAUGAUACAUCAGGAAACUCUGAGCCACACAAUAAGUAAAUAAAGUAAACUGGGUCUUCGUCCCGCGAAUUACGCGAUGCCCUUGCAGGGGCUGAUGCUUGGUGCUACCAGGCUAGUUUGAUCGGAAGUUUCAAAGAGGUCUCUUAGUCG